AUUUUGGAUACCAAAUUAUGUAUUUGUCCUUGUAUGUCCCUAAAACAGCCUGACAGUUCGUCAUAGUAUAAUAUUGUUUCAUCUGUAGGAAUAACUGUUGAACAGGGGUUUUAGUGCUAUAGCAAAUCAAUUUGAUAUAUAGAUCUAUUAAAAUUUCGAUUAUUACAAAGAUAACGAUAAAAUAUACAAUUUGGAUAGUUUUUUUAGAAGAGAGAGAGAUUUUCAGAAAUGGCCUACCUGUGGAAAUCCAACUAAAAAAUUUGUAUAUAAUCUUUUAUUUGUUAUUUAUUAAUUUAACGCUUAUAUAAAAUAUGAACUUAAAACUUACCAGCGCUGGCUACUCGAACCUUAGACGCACCAGAUAAUGUAUCUCAACGAGAAUGUAUAGGGUAUCAUAUAUUUCUUAUAUAUAAUAUAACGACUAAAUCAUAUCUAUUUUUUAGAUUUAGGUUAGGAUUUCACUUUCAAUAGCCUGUCGAUGAUCUAGUUUACGUUUUGUUGAUGGGCUCUUAUCAAUGUGGGACCGAUCGCUGUUACAGAGUCGUCAGGACUAAGGGGUGCUAUUACGAUCCAGCAAUAACCAUCUAAACUUGAAACUUGAAAAUGACAAUGAAAAUAUAUGAAUGCAAGAAUCUUAUUCCGGCCACUUAGUACUUGAUCUUGCCCUCAAUCCCCGUAAAAACUGCGCCCCUGGGCAGGUAACCAAGAAUCAAACACACGCGACACUCAAUUGCCAUUAGCGUCCAAUCUAGUCAUCAACUAUUCCAGCGAUACUGGUACUCGUACUGCCACUGGCCAGUGGCCACCAGAGAUCCACUCCACAGCGCCACUGGUGACAAUUAACGUGUUCAAUCAGCAUGAAAACCAUGUCGAAGUCAUCAUGGAUGAGCCGGCAACAGCGCUUGGAUCAGUGCAAACAAAGCCCUAGCCCAGAGCGGUCGAGGAAGUCCAGUAUUUCCGAAUAAAAUUUUCAAAUUAGAUCAAAAUGCUCAUUAAACUUCUGCCUCUGAUGCUGAUAAUUGGCUACAGCAGCAUUUUUGUGCCUGGCAGUGCACAAAAUCUGUUGGACCGGCUCCGGCCAGUGAAUGUGACUCGGUUCGAUGAUGGCAUCAAAGUCGUGUCCGGCACCAAAGUGAAGCGAUACGAACGUCUGACGGUGCCGCUGGGAGGUCCGGUUGGCAUACCAGGAGGGGCUGGUCUUUUGGGACCUCUGUUACCCCCACAACCGGCCUAUUUGGGAUAUACUUAUUUGGUUCCCCAAUGGCAGGCGGGUGCAAAGCUAGUGGGCGAUGGCGAGGCAGCGGGCGUGGCCGGGAUGAUCACUUUCCAGCAGCUGCCUUACAACUCGGACAUUAAGGUGACCAUCAAUGUGACUGGGCUUCCUCCGGGAAAGCAUGCUCUCCAUAUCCACACCUUCGGUGAUGUCAGCGAUGGCUGCAAGUCUACGGGCGGACAGUUUCCCAAUAACUUUCUGGGCAAUGUGGACGCCAAAGACGAUGGCAGCAUAUCCGCAGUCUUCCAGAGCAUCUACAUACAGUUGUUUGGUUUCAAUGGCAUUGUGGGCAGGGCCAUUGUGAUUCACAGCAAAGCUAUCGAUCUGAAUACGGCUCUCAAUGCGGAGGUCUUCUCUUCGUCGCUUCAGGCCAUGCCGAAUGCCUUGGCCUAUCAAAAUGAGGAGAACUCUGUGGGUCCACCCAUAGCUUGUGGCGUGAUUAGCCUCAUGAGCACUGCCGCAGCUCCAGCAUCCGGUUCAUCGGCUGCGGCAGUGGAGAAAAGGGAGAUUUAACGCAUUUAUAAAUAUUAUCCAAACCCACAUAAUUUAAUAAAUAU